AUGCCCCUCGUUAGCGUCCGAUGGUUUGAUACCCUCUUGGGCGGUUCCCAGUUGUCUCGUGGGGGACAUCCAACAGCAGCAUGGAGCUGUCACCAGCAGGGAUCAAACUACAAUGGCAACUCAGUACUACAGUGUGAAUUCCGACCUGGACAAGUCAGGAAGCAGCCAUUGACAUUGUCUCCAGACCCGGUGAAGGCAGAGGCGACAGCAACAGGCGGGCCCCCAACCAGCACUGGAGAUGGGCACAAGGUGGCCAGACUCUGCGUGGGAGAUUGUCGGAGGUUGAGUCUAACACUUGGCUUCUGUUUCCUUCAUGUUUCGGUGACUGAAAAGCAAGGUCAGGGAAAUUCCCAACUGAGAAUUGUCUUACUGGAUAAAACUGGAGCAGGAAAAAGUGCAACCGGGAACAGCAUCCUUGGAGAGAGGGCAUUUCACUCUGGCAUUUCAGCAAAAUCCAUUACCAAGGUCUAUGAGCAAAGGAGAAGCACGUGGAACGGAGAGAACUUACUUGUCGUGGAUACUCGGGGCAUAUUUGACACUGAGGUACGAGAUGCUGACACACACAAGGAGAUCGCUCACUGUGUCACCCUGACCUCCCCAGGGCCUCAUGUCCUGCUCCUCGUGGUCCCUCUGGGCCGUCACACUGUGGAGGAACAUAAGGCCACAGAGAAGAUUCUGGAAACAUUUGGAAACGAAGCUAGAAAAUUCAUGAUUGUCUUAUUCACCAGGAAAGAUGACUUGGAUGGCAUUGACUUCCAUGAGUACUUAGAGGAGGCUCCAGGACUCUUCAGUUUAUUGGCCAUGUUUGGUGAUCGUUGCUGUGUCUUCAACAAGGCAACAGGAGCCGAGCAGGAGGCCCAGAGGACACAGCUGCUGACCCUGGUCCAGCGCAUGGUGAAGGGGAACAGUGAAGGAUACUACACCAACAAGAUGUCCGAGAAGGUCGAGAAGGUGAUUCAGAAAGAAACCCGUGAUUUGCAAGAAUAUUACAGAGCAGAGACAGAGAGAGAGAAGGCAUGGAUAAGGGAGGAGUAUGAGGAGGCAAUUAGAAACCUGAAGGAUCAGCUGGAGCAGGAAAGGAGAUGGAUGGAAACGGAGAAGGAAUUCUCAAGAACAGAACUUUCUAUAGAGAAACAAGGUGCAAGAAGAGAAGUUUUAAAUCAUAAUAUGAUAUUCGAAAUAAUCUUAAAGCACUAG